AUGUCAGACAGUGAUACACCGAAUUUAAUUGAUUGGAGUUUAGAAACAGUCGAAAAUGUAGUCAGCGCGGAUCAAACAGGCGAAAGUUCGAUUCUAUCUCCGCAAAAUAUCUUAAUUAGAGUGGGGCCACACAAAGAGCCUAGUCUAGAUGAUAACCCUUUUGAUGUGGUGCUUAACCAGGCGGAUUUAUCCGACGACCCAUUUGAGUUGCUCUCGAGACAAGCAGAGCUCAAUAAAUUGAAUUCGAACAACACCUGUCAGGUGGAAACUGUAAAUUUGCUGGGACUGGACGAGGCAAGUACGUUGAAUUUCGAUUGUAUAAAAGGGCAAGGUAAUCCUGAUGCAAAUGACGGCGCCGAGUUGGCUUUGGCCCCGCCGAAAGAGAGUGUGAGUGAAAAUCCGUGCAUGAACUCAGAAAGGCCAAUGGAACCCAGCCCGGAAAAGAUUCUUUCAAAUCAGGAUAGCCUUAGCACUAGGGAUGAAACCAUUGAAUGUACCACGGAACCGAUUCCAAACAAGCUCGAAAAUACAACCGAAAUCGAUGCAUCUGCACCAGUUCUGCUUGAUGACGACAGCAGCAAGUCUCUCAGCAAAUCAGGCGGGAAUGGAUCUCAGUUUAUAAAUGGACUUCGAAAACGGUUGCUCAGGCUUAGUGACUCCGGAUCUUCCACAGGAUCUCCUUCCCGCCGAGGAUCGAAAUCCGGAAAGGAUAUCAUUGGCGACGAGUUUAGUGACUCUUUCGACGACAUAAAUUCAACUAAUCCAGUUUGGGUAGACUCAGAGACUGAACAGGAGAGUGAACUGGAAUUUCUAAAAAUUCCAAUUUUGCAAGAAAUCGAGAAAACGGAAAAAACGACUGAGAACCGGCAAACUAUCCUGGCAACUCCGAAGAAAGAUGCCGUUGACGCCUUGGCUAGAUACAAGGAGAAAAUGACUGAAAAGGGAACAAACGGGCAGAACUCUUCGAAUACAAUCGACUUGCAGGCAAUCCGAGAGAGAGUCCAACGCCAGAAAUUGGAAGCAAGUAAUUCCCAAGAUAUCGACGACUUGAUAGCGUCAAUGAAACAAAUCAUUUUAAAAUCAUCUGAUGCCGAACAAAAGGUUGAAGCUAAUAAAUUGUUCGAUAGUUUGCGAACUCUUGCUGGAAAAAACACCGCUGGGACAAACACCCAUACCAUAGAUACCAUGGAUUCUGAUCCACAUACUAACCUAGAAGUGCCUCCAACUAUAGUCCGCCAGGGAACAUUUGAUCUGAAUAAGUCCGACGAGAACGAAAAAGAGGCUACAAAUCCAUCGCCAACACCAUCUGAGAUACUUGAAGAGGCAGAAUCUGCAAACUCUCCUCAAUUUUCAGCAAAUAUCUCAAAUAUUGUUGAGCACAUUGGAAUGCUUCUUGGCAACCAGAAUGUUAAUGUGCUUCAAACAGGAGUCGUUCCCAGUCCAGCCAAUGUGACUAAUCCUACCUACAUUGUGGUGAUGGGGACGCCCGUCCUUUCCAGUCGACAAAACACUCAAAUGGCACUGAAUAGUACAAAUUCCCCCGAAUUCGAGUCGAAGCCUCGAGGACGCAGCCAGUCACUCAGUUUGCAUGAUAAGUCUGUCGACCGGGCAACUAAGCCGAUACCUAACUCCCCAAGCACUUUCAGUACGCCCUCCAGGCCUUAUAUGCUGAAGCGGCGAAGUACAAUCAGCUACUCCCCCGCAACGACAACCCAACCAGGAGCCCGAAAAUCACUUUACGAACCAGCAAAAGCACCCCAGAAGCCAGCACCUGUCCAGCGGCGACAUACGAACGUGAUAAAUAAUCAACAUACCUUACUCCCACCGAGAGGACUUCCGAAUUCAAUAGUCCACACACCUCUAGAAUUGGAUCCUAAGAAACUGAAGCUUAAAUCCAACGAUAACAGCCGUCGACCUACAGGACCCUUGCGGGCAACUAUUCCUUUGAAGAAGGGUCUAUCGACUGUUACUACGCCAUACGCUUCCCGGUCUACUAACUCCGGGCAAUUAGUCACAAGCACGCCUAUCGCCGCCACAAACUUGUUGGAAACUUUCCCGGUUACUUCCACCUCGUCAUUGCCUAAUGGGCCUUCCUCGAAAACUAACGAACGAACUCAGGCCAGGAGGUCAUAUUUGUCUGUAACUCCCAACGGGAAAGCCAGAGAUAGGUCAGGUGUUUCUGCUGUAGGUCGGAAGCGGUCGCUAACUGAUUCUAGAUCAUCGAAACAAUCUUCCGCCAGCUAUCAAUCGAACAAAGCAUCACAUGGACCGGCGGUCACAAUGAACAACGCUCAAAGGCGUAUUUCAUCCAAUACGGGAACCACUACACUGCCCAGGAGUUUUGGAUCGCUCGCUAGAAGUGAUAAAGAAAACAAACGUCCAAAGUGAUGAGUUUGGUGGCACUCUACCCGAAGGCAGCGAAAAAAGAAUCUCCUACUUUCCCGUACAUUACUAGUAACAAUUAGAGAAUUGUGAUAUAUUUUACUUUCAAGACUACAAUUUGAAUAUUUCUUUUUAAAAAAUGUUACUGUUAGGAUUUUUUUUUUCACGGAAAUUAUAAAUCAGUCUUACCUUAA